UAUCUCACACGUGUCAACUCGCGUCUCCCGUCCCUCCCCCCUCUCAGCCUCUGUGACUCUACCCUUUGACUCUUUCACUUCCCUGUUUCUUCGCUUUCUCCCCCCUAGUUUUUCUGUUUCUUCAAGAUUUCUACACGUUUCUUGAGAGACUUGACACAGGGAAGAAGAAAAAAAAAAAAAAAAACCCUGUAAGAGAAAGAGAGAGAGAGAGAGUUAACUAUGAAGGGAGAAGGGAAGAUGUUUUUCAAGUCAAGAAUGAAAUGGGUUGGUCUGGUUGGGCUUGUUCUUUCAGCUUUUUCCCUCUUUGUGCAUAUAUUGCUUUCCAGAUUCACUGAGCAGGGUUUUGCCGAGUAUCAGUCUUCAAUCACAAUUUUUUCCUGGAGACCCAUCUUUGAAAAUGCAGACAUUGCCAGAAAUAGUCCAUUGUACAGAAGACUUUGGGGUCCAGUAAGGCAUCUUGAGUCUAUACAUCCAGAUGCAAAUCCUAGAGGGGAUUAUGCAGAGCCCACAUCACGGUCAAAUGGAUUUAUUUUUGUCAGGAUACAAGGUGGUUUCCAUGAUAUAAGGAACUCGAUUUGUGACGUGGUUGUGAUUUCCCGGCUUCUUAAUUCUACCUUGGUUAUUCCUGAGAUACAAUCGACAACAAGCAGUAAAGGAAUCAGUUCGCAGUUCAAGAGUUUUGCUUAUCUCUAUAAUGAGGAGCAGUUUAUGGUGGCAUUGGCAAAAGACAUUCGCAUUGUUAAAACCCUUCCAAAAGAUCUUAAACAAGCUAGAAGAAAGAAGGAGAUCCCUGUGUUUAGAGUGCCAUAUGCAGCUUCACCUUUUUACUAUCUGCACCAGGUUCUCCCCAUACUGAGAAAGCAUUCAGUGGUUGAACUAGUGGUUUCUGAUGGUGGAUGCUUGCAGGCCAUCCUUCCGCCUCAUCUUGAAGAGUAUCAAAGGCUUAGAUGUAGGGUUGCUUUUCAUGCCCUUCGGUUUCGGCAGGAUGUCCAAGAACUGGCUGCUAAAAUCUUACAAAGGCUAAGGGCUCCUGGACGACCAUUUAUUGCCUUUGAUCCUGGUAUGACAAGAGAAGCUUUAGCAUAUCAUGGUUGUGCCGAACUGUUCCAGGUACUUUAUUCAGUUGGUAUUCUCCUACGGGCAUAUGGGUAUGCGUGGGACACAAUUAUAUAUGUUUGGGGAGAAGUUUUUGGUGGCCAAAGAACCUUAAUUCCACUUCAUGGGAUGUUUGAAAAUGUUGUCGAUAGGACUUCUCUCAGUACUAAUUGGGAGCUCAGUAGAAUUUAUGGUCGUGAGUCUAAACUCAAUGACAAUAACCCACGGACUCCAGCAUCCUUUGAAGAAGAAAUGAAGGUAGAUGCAUGGAAAACUGUUGGUCCACGACCUCGUCCACUUCCACCACCUCCAGCUCGGCCUAAAUCCUAUAAUAUUGAAGGAUGGUGGGGUUGGGUGGCUGAGAGUGAUAAUGAACCCGAAAGUACAGUUAUGGAGUUGAGAACUAAUGCACAUAAAUUACUAUGGGAAGCAAUUGACUAUAUGAUUUGUGUUGAAGCUGAUAUUUUCAUCCCAGGAUUUGAUCAUGAUGGUAAGGGGCAUCCAAAUUUUGCUAGUUUAGUAAUGGGGCACAGGCUCUAUCAGUCAGCUGCCUCAAAGACAUACAGGCCAGACAGGAAAGAAGUUGCCAGGCUUUGUGAAGAAAUUAGCGACCACCUGUAUCAAGCAAAUCAUACUUGGGUAACAUCAAUAAGGAGGCAUCUCAGAAAAACUUUACUUGAUGGUCUAAAGGAAGCUUCUACUACAGCAAAGCCAUUAUCUUUCCUCUCUCAUCCAGCUCCUGAAUGUUCAUGCUUGAGGGAUGAUCCACGCAAUGCAUCAGUUAAUGCUUCAAGUCCUCCGGUGCAUCCCCAAGUUCAAGCUGCUCUAGGAGUGCUGCACCGUUGCCCUGCUUGGAUGAACAGGGAAGUAAUCUUAAGAUCAAAAGAGAAGGAACGGGAAGAAGAUCUUGACGAGGAUGAUUCCUCAUCAUCUGGGUUAUUUUUUCGACAUGGUGAAAAUGGAGGUGGAGAAACAAACAAAGAGGAAACACAAUUGGACGAUCAAGAAGAUCUUGAGGGUGGAGAGAGAUAACAGCACACAUGAGAGAUCUUGGCCUUGCAGGCAUUUGUAUUUAUAUAAAGGAUGGUUUCCAUUGUGGAUUCAUGCAUGGAAAAUUUCCAGCUCUCCUCAGUUUCUUUUUCCACCAGACUGGGAAGCAAUUUUCUUAACCAUAGCUCAAGAAUUUGAAUGAAUCAGACUGGGAUCCUCAUGUCUAGCUUGUCUAUCCAUCACCUCUGGCAUGAGCACUUCACUGCCACUGCAGUAAAUUACAUGUUUACUCAGCGGCCAUUUUUUGCGGAUGCUACUGUCGGUCUUACCUCUGAUCGGAUUCUAAAGAAGUAUGUUGAUAGUGUAACAUCUAAAUAGAACACUACAGCUGAUCUUUUUGGGGGAAAGUUUAAUAUUCUAAUUCAUUUUGUGUUUGAAUUUUAUGUAAAGAUGAUGAGUAGUUGAUCAGAAGGAUAUUCUUUUUCUAUUCCGUAACUAAAUACGAAUUUUUCCUUCAUUAAUUCC